GAGACACGAAAAAUGGCGGCUGUGUUGCAGCAAAUAUUGGAGCGGUCUGAGGUAUCGAAACUCCAAAAACCUGUCCUGACUAAACUGGAGAAGUACAUUUCGGAUCAGCAAUGUGAAAUUGAUUCUCUGAAGGCACAACAGGAGCAAUAUCGAGUGGACAGUGAACAACAGUAUUUCGACAUCGAGAAAAAGUUCGGAGAGAGCCAAGCUCAGUUUGUGUCCCAAACUCAGGAGCACCAGAUACUGAAAGAGGACUACAUUAAACUGGAGAAUGAUUUGAAGCUUUUACAAGAGAAAAGUAAGGAGCAAGCGUCUUCCUACGCUAAACUCGAAUCACAACAGAAUGAACUAUCCAAAGUCAAAGAUGAGCUUGAGGCGGAGAAGAGGGAGCUUGUGCGGACGUUGGAAAGAAGAUCUCAGGAGAUGGAACACCAAAGCGAGGACCUGAAGCGUCUUAAUGAAAGACUGAUGGAGGUCAGUGGAGAGAAGAUGCAGUUUCAGCUCAAACUGGAUGAAUCUGAAGCGUCUGAAGUUUCGAUCAAGUAUAAAGAGAAACGAAUGGAGCAGGAAAAAGAUCUACUCCAAGGUCAAGUGACCUGGCUAAACACUGAGCUCAAAGCCAAGAGUGAGGAGCUGCUUUCUCUCUCACGGCAGAAAGGCAGUGAGAUACUGGAGCUCCAAUGCAACCUUAACAACAAGGAGGAUAAGAUUGCCCAACUUCAAGAUCAGGUGAACAGUCUAAAGGCGUCCAAUGAGAACCUUCAGAGGCAAGCAGAGGAAAUGAACUCCAAACUAAAAGAGGCGAAGGAGCACCAAGCCAGUUUGGAAGAGAAGUUCAGCAGUGAAAUCAAUGCAAAUAUCAAACUUUCCAAUUUGUAUAAGGGAGCAGCGGCUGAUGCUGAGGCAAAGAGUGAGGAGCUCAGCAAAGCUGUGGAGGAACUUCACAAGCUGCUCAAAGAGGCUGGAGAAGCACAUAAAGCGCUGGAGAUGAAGAUGGUGGAGCUGGAGGGUUGUAAAGACAAGGAAAUUUCUGAACUAAAAGAAAAAAUCAGCAGCCAGGAGAAGGAGUUGGACAAUGCUAAUGCAUUGCUGUCUGAUGCCAAACACAGAGUACCCUCUUCACGUCUCACAGAAGAGCUGGUGACCACCAUGUCCCCCACUGCAUCUGCAGUAGCUAAAAUCAUCAAACCAGGCAUGAAACUGACAGAGAUAUAUACAGCAUAUGUAGAGGCCCAAGAGCAGCUGCAACGGGAAAAGCUCGAGAACAAACGUCUGCACAAAUACCUGGAUGACAUCGUUCAGGAGAUGGAAGCCAAAGCGCCCAUCCUCAAGAGGCAGAGAGAGGAACAUGAGCGCUUGCAGAAGUCUGUCUCCAGUCUUUCUGCUAAACUAGAGCAAGCUGUUGCGGAGGUCCACCGCUUGCAGAAGGAGGCAGAUGAAGCCAACAAAGGUUCUUCUGUGCUGACAAGAGAAAACCAAAGGCUUGAAGUUCAGCUUGCUGAUAUGGCUCAACAGGUCCGUGUCCUCCUGAUUGAACUGGAGGAGGCACGUGGUAAUCAUGUGAUGCGUGAUGAGGACGAUAGUUGUUCGGCUGAUGUGAGCAGCACUUCGGAGGUAAUCUCUCAGCAUCUGGUCACCUUCCGCAACAUCGAAGAGCUCCAGCAGCAGAACCAGCGUCUCUUGGUGGCCCUCAGAGACCUUAGUGAGUCAAAAGAGAAGGAUGAGUUGGAGGGAGACACCAUGAGACGCAGUGAGGUGGAGAAAUACCUAGAGGAGCUUCAGCACGAGUUGGAGCAAUUAAAGGAUAAGAGAGCUCAAGACUUGCAAAAAGUUGAUGCCGUUGCGCGACAGAGAGACAUGUUCCGCAUGCUGCUGGCCCAGACCACUGGCGUCACCUUCCCACAGCUAGGUGGGACAUUGCACGGUGCUGUCACAGAAGAGCUGAUGCUGACCUCCACCCCACGCCGAUCUCCAGCCAUCACGCCCACUACAGGCACCCCUACAGGACUGGUUGCCACGGCAAUAGAGUCUACGGAGUCCGUAGAGGCCAAGGCUGCCUUGAAGCAGCUGCAAGAAGUCUUCAUGUCUUACAAGAAGGAAAAAACUGACUCUGAGAAGUCUCUGGCUGAGCAAAGUGAUAAACUUCAGGUCCAAGUGACUGAACUGCGCUCUGAAAACACCAAGAUCUCUACGCAGCUUGAGUUUACGUCCAAACGGUAUGAAAUGCUUCAGGAUAAUGUUGAGGGAUACCGUAAGGAGAUCGCUUCUCUAAAUGAGAAGACCCAGAAACAGGCUGCAACAAUUCAGCAGAAUGAACAGACCAUACACACCCUCACCCACGACCUGCGAGCAGCAUCUGAGAAACGUGCACUUGCUGAGUCUGAAGCCGAGAACUUGCGUAAAGAGAGAGACAUGUUGAAAAUGGUGGAGGCCAGGCUGACCCAGGAAAAAGAGUCUAUUCAGGCCCAACAGCUUGGUCAGAGUUUGCUGCUGACCAACCUCAAGUCAAUACAGGCAACUUUGGAGCGCUCCGAGACUGAGGUCAGGCAGCGUAUGACUGCUCAGGUCGAGAAGCAGGAGAGAGAGAUCACUCAACUGCAGAAGAGACUGGAAAACGAAGUAGAGCAAAAACACCUGUUGGCACGCAAUCAAGAUAUGCAGCUGAUGGAUGCUAAGAAGCAGCUGGAAGCACAAGCAGCUCAGCACCAGAGGACCAGAGAACAACUUGGUGCUGCCCAGUUGGAGCUCGACAAAUUGAGGUUGCAGAUGAGUAGCGGUGAGAGUCGUAUGGUGUCCCCAACUGCACACACAGGCCUGCAAAGCGGUGAGGGUGAAGUGGAGACUCUGCGUGCCCAGCUGAAUCAGGCAGGAAAAUGGACGGAUGAGCUUUCCGAACGCCUGAAAAGCACCACUGCAAGUAUGGAGCAGUACAAAUCCAUGUGUCUGAACCUGGAGGAAUCUCUGGAUAAAGAGAAACAGGUGACAGAGCAGGUGCGCAAAUCUGUGGAAAACCAGGUGGAGGCAGUUCAGGAGCAGUACAGGCAGCUGGAGCAGAAACUUCAAGAGGUGGACAAAGAGAAUCAGAGCUUGCAGGAGGAGAAGAACAAAGCAGUUGCUGCCGUAGAGCAGGAGCUGAGCACGCUGAGAAAGUCUCUGAGCAGCCUCCAGGCGGAGCACCAGAGUGCCUUAGAGAGAGCCUCCAUUGCUGUAGCCCAGGAACAACAGGCCAUCUCUGAUGGUCAGGAGCAGGCCAGGUUGGCGGCCGAAGCGCAGGAUAAGUACGAGAGGGAGAUGUUGCUGCAUGCAGCCGAUGUGGAGGCCCUCCAGGCUGCCAAAGCUCAGACUCAGCAGGCUUGUCUUCUCAAACAACAGCUUGAGGAGAAGAUCCAGAGCACCAGUGCACAGCUGCUGGAGGCUCGCAUCUCUUGGGAGGAGCAGGAGAAGAUUCUUAAGGAGGAGCAGUGCAAGUUAGAGUCUCGAUGUGAGGAUCUGCAAAAACAGAACACCCUCCUCCAUGAGCAGAUUCAGACUUUGAGUGGACAGAUGGCCAGUCAGCUGCAGCGUGCGACCACUGAGAGUCCACUAAACAUCUCACUGACAGAGGAAGGCAAGUCUCAGGAGCAGCUUCUAGAGAUUCUCAGGUUUGUGCGGCGAGAGAAGGAGAUAGCAGAGUCUCGGUUCGAGGUUGCUCAGGGCGAGAGUCUGAGGCACAGGCUAAGAGUGGAGCAUCUGGAGAGAGAGCUAAAGGACCUGCAGGAGAACCUGAAUGCUGAGAGAGAGAAGAUGCAGGUCACUGCAAAGACGCUGGCCCAGCAUGAUGAGCUCAUGAAAAAGACAGAGACCAUGAAUGUCCUCAUGGAAACCAAUAAGAUGCUGAGAGAGGAGAGGGAAAAGCUGGUCCAAGAGCUGGAGGAGACUCAAGCUAAGGUACGCAAACUGGAAUCAGACCUCUCACCCAUGCAAGAGUCCAUCACAGAGCUGAGCGAGAAGAGCGGUGUCUUGCAGUCAGAGAAGAAGCUUCUGGAAGAUGACAUUAAACGCUGGAAAGCCCGCACUCAGCAUCUGGUAAGCCAGCAGAAAGACACUGACCCAGAGGAGUACAAGCGCAUGCACUCUGAGAGGGAGGUGCAUGUCAAACGUAUCCAGCAGCUCACGGAGGAGACAAGCAGGCUCAAAGCUGAGGCUAGCAGGAACAGUGGCUCUUUGACCACACUACAGUCUCAGGUACAGAACCUGAGGGAGAACCUUGGGAAGGUGAUGGUGGAGAGAGACAAUCUAAAGAAGGACCAAGAAGCCAAAGUUCUGGAUAUCCAAGAAAAAGUCAAAACCAUCACGCAGGUGAAGAAGAUUGGCCGGCGGUAUAAAACUCAGUAUGAAGAGCUCAAGGUUGAAUAUGACAAGCUGGUUGCCGCAGCAGCUUCUGCACCAGUGCAGGAUCAAGAGGCCCAGCAGGCAUCCGCUCAAGAACUUCAGGGCCUGAGAGAGUCCCUCAGCCAGUCAGAGAACAGGGCAAGGGAACUUGAUGGCCAGUUGGAGAACCUCAAUAGAGUUGUGGGUGAGCGGGAAGCGGAGUCACGCAACGCACAGGAACAGGCCUCUCGUCUGCAGGGGGAACUAACACGCCUCAGACAGGAGCUUCAGGAGAAAUCUUCUCAAGAGGAGCGACUCAAACAGCAGCUGGGUGAAAAGGAGGAGAGGACCAAGAAGGCUAUAGUUGUGGCAAAGCAGAGGAUCAGCCAGCUUACAAACAUUAAGAAUCAGCUCCAGUUGGAAAAUGAGGAGCUUAAGCAACAAAAAGAAGAACUGGAUGUACGUGUGAGCGCGCUAAAGUCCCAAUACGAGGGGCGUCUGAGCAGACAGGAGAGGGAGCUGCGAGACCUUCGCGAGCAGCAGGAGAGACAUGGAGAACAGAGAGAUGAGACUCCAGAGCAGGGCUCCAGCAAGACCCAGGAACAGCAACGGACAACAGAACAGCGACAGAUCUCUCUGAAGACCACACCAGUGGCUGAAAGAGGAAGCGCAAGCACUUCAGAACCUCCAACUGCCAACAUAAAGCCCACACCACUGGCAGCAACUCCCAGCAAGCCUCCUGCCAUCCCAGGGAACAAGUCCACCCCAAGGGCCAGCAUCAAACCCAUGAUCACACCUGCCCCAGUGCCCACCCCUACACCCACGGCCACAGUCAUGCCUACGACACAGGUGGAGAGCCAGGAAGCCAUGCAGUCAUCCGAGGGGCCGUUGGAGCACGUGACCGUGUACGGCAGUGCUAGCGGUUCAGUGCGCUCAACCAGCCCUAACGUUCAGCCCACGCUGGCUCAACCUUUGUCGAACGUUCAGCAGCAGAACCAAGCCACUGCUUUCAUCCAGCCCACCCAGCAACAAUCGCAGCCCCUCGCUGAACCGUCCAAUCAGGAAUCGACAGCUGCUGUUUUGAUGCCGGUCUCACAGUUAGAGAGGCCUCUUUCCACAUCCACGGGACUCUGGAGUGCCACUGCUAGCACAAGCAAUGCUAGUGCAGUGACAGCCUCUCCUAAUAACCCCUUGACCAAACGCCCCCGUGAAGAGGAACAGGAGAGUAUGUCUGCUGACACACAGUCCCAGGAUGAGCCAAACGAGACCCCGAUUUGCAAGAGGGUCCGCAUCUAUAGAGUGGAGCUGGAGGAAGAGGGUCUGGCUGAGGAGAGCACUGAGGCUGAGAGCGUUGUACCGGGGGAGAGCCAAGAUGCCCCAGAUGCCGGAAUGUUUCAGACCACCUAUACUUUGGAGAUGAUGGAUGAGAUGCCAGGACCGUCUCAGUCUGUUCCUGGUGACCAACUUCUGCCACUUUCCUCUGAAAGUCAUCGAAGCCCAGAGGGGCCUGAACAUAACGUCAUAAUCAUUGGUAGUGACACAGACUCUGAGGAAGAUCGUGAAGAAACCGACGAGGAGGAAGAAGAGCCGGAUUAUGGUGAGGAGGAUGAGGAAGAGGAUGAUGAAGAUGAUGACGAAGAUGAGGAUGGUGGCAUUGGAGAAGAGGGAGAGGACAGCAAUGAAGGGAGUGGCAGCAGAGAUGGUGACGAGGCGUACGAAGGCGACGACACAGAGGGUCCAGAUCCCACAGAUCCAGGCACAGAGACAGAGGAAAGUCUUGGAGCUACAGACUCCACCCAACGUCUGGCAGAUUCUCAGAGCACCAGCUUUGAAAUAGACACAUUGGAAGCCUUUGGAGCUGACCCACCUGUCACCAGCUCCGCCCCCCGACCACCACAAUCACCCAGAAGGCCGCAGCACUCUCUUCCAACUCGACUAAAUGUCUCAUCUGCUCAAGAGUUUGGACAACCUACUCAAGUCCAGCGUCUCCCAGCUCGUCGUCAGUCAGUAGGCAGAGGCCUUCAGCCUAUUACCGGAAUGGCUAGUAGUGCACAGCAGCAUUUUUUCGAGGAUGAUGACAGGAUGGUCCCCAGCACUCCUACGCUGCUUCCUCCUCGUUCAGAGGGAUUUGCUGAAGCAAUGCAUUAUCAACAGGUCGCAGGUGUAACGCGGUUCCGCUUUGGCUCUUCAGAUGACGUCCCGCAGACCAGCUCCUCCCAUUCAGACUUCGGCCAAAUGCCUUCACAAGGUUUAGGCAUGUAUGAAAGUUCUGUUUUUCUUGGAGGUCAUGAGGAAGAAUCUGGGGGCCGCAGUGUGCCCACAAUGCCACUACUACAGAUCGCCAGUACAGAACCAACACUUGUGCCUAUUUUUACCAUAUCUUCUGAAGUGAGCGAACAUGCUUCUCAGUCUGUGCCCAUGGUGAGCACCUCCACUCCAGGGCUUAGCGCUCCGGCAGGUCCUAGUGGAGUUGAGGACAGAGAUGAUAUCUUUCUGGAUGCAGGAGACAGCAGUGCUGAAGCUUCACUUGAGCCUGUGUCUCAGACUGAGGGAGAGGAAGCAGCCCAGCCUUCAGAUGAGGCCAGCCUACCCUCCACUAGCCAGGAACCUUCUUCUAGCUCUGCAGACACAAGCAGCUCUUCCAAAGCCAGGACGGGGUCCGGCAGACAGUGGACUGGCGGUCGUGGUACCCGGAGUUUCGUAAAGAGGAGGGGUAAGAUCAUGAUUAGAUCAUGAUCUUUUUAGCCUUUACUCAGUCUGGCAAAUAAAUCUGGAUGGACCAGGUGUAAUGGGUGUGAGGGGACGUUUUGCCCGAUGAAGCAUCUCUCUAUUAUUCCAGUCAUUGCAGCAUCACCAUGUGAACUAAGAGUUUCAGACAUCAUUGCAUUGUUCUGUUUAAAGGCUUAAGUCAAUAAAUUAUAGUAGGUUUU